UUUCUCUUCUGUUGUUGAAAAGAUGUAGAAUUUUUUUGUUGUUCCGAUCCGAUGAUGCGAGUGCGACGGCGAGGCGGCAUAAAGCAGGAGAAGGCGAUUGGCAGUGGCAACACUCUUUUUUUUUUUUUCCUUUUGUAAAGGUAAAGAAAGGGUAGCCAAUUUGACUUGAGUCUGCUGCCACUUCCGCGCAGCCCCCUCCCUCCACUGCGAUCGGAAUCUGAAAUCCAUAACCACACCAGAGAGAGAUUGAUUGCCAUCGCUCCUCCCUCCACCUCUGCGCUCCACCUGAUUGAUUAUCAAUUGGUUCCACUGCUGCGGCAACCUGCGAUGAGCGCCGCGGUGCCGCCGGCGAUGGACCCCGCGGCGGCGGGGGAGAUGGCGCGGGAGGCCGCCGCGUGGUGCGCGCUGCACGGCCUCGUCGUCGGGGACCGCGCCGACCAGAGAUCAGCAACAGUCCCUGGUGUUGGUUUGGUUCAUGCUCCAUUCUCCUUGCUCCCAGCACAUCUUCCAGAGCCCUUUUGGAGGCAGGCGUGCGAGCUCGCUCCCAUUUUUAACGAGCUUGUGGACCGUGUUAGCAUGGAUGGGAAUUUCUUGCAGGAUGCUUUGUCCAAAACAAGGCAGGUUGAUGAUUUCACAUCUAGGCUCUUAGAAAUUCACAGGAAAAUGGUGGAAAUAAAUAAGGAAGAGAAUAUUCGCUUAGGGUUGCAUCGAUCAGAUUAUAUGCUGGAUUCAGAAACAAGUUCUCUUCUUCAAAUAGAGCUCAACACCAUUUCAGCAUCAUUUCCUGGGCUUGGUUCCUUAGUUAGUGAUCUUCACAGGACCUUAAUUAAACAGCAUGGGACUUUAUUAGGUCUGGAACACAAGAGGGUUCCUGCAAAUGCGGCUAACACUCAGUUUGCUGAAGCAUUGGCCCAAACAUGGGCUGAGUUUAACAUUGACAGUGCUGUAAUUAUGAUGAUUGUUCAGCCAGAAGAGAGAAAUAUGUAUGAUCAAUACUGGCUUUCAAAGCAUUUGCAAGACUCACAUGGCAUAACAACUAUAAGGAAAACCUUAUCGCAGGUGGAAGCUGAAGGCCAGAUUCUCCCAGAUGGAACUCUUCUUGUAGGUGGCCACAAAGUUGCUGUUGUGUACUAUAGAGCUGGCUAUACACCAAAUGAUUAUCCCUCAGAAGCAGAAUGGAGUGCAAGACUUAUGAUGGAACAAUCAUCUGCUGUAAAGUGUCCUUCAAUAUCGUAUCAUUUAGUGGGAACCAAAAAGAUUCAACAAGAACUAGCAAAGCCUAAUGUGCUUGAAAGGUUCCUUGAAAGUAAGGAGGAAAUUGACAAGGUUCGCAAAUGUUUUGCUGGGCUAUGGAGUUUGGAUGAUGAAGAGAUUAUAAAAACUGCAGUGGAAAAACCUGAGUUGUUUGUAUUGAAGCCUCAACGUGAAGGCGGAGGAAAUAACAUCUACGGUCUUGAUUUGAGGGAAACACUUGUCAGACUUCAGAAGGAAGGAGGGGAUGCACUUGCAGCCUACAUACUGAUGCAAAGAAUCUUUCCAAAAGCUUCUCUUGCUUAUCUGGUUCGUGGUGGUGUUUGCCACGAGGGUCUUGCAAUUUCUGAGCUUGGAAUAUAUGGAGCUUAUCUGCGGAACAAAGAUAAAGUGGUCAUCAAUGAACAAUCUGGUUACUUGAUGCGGACGAAAGUUUCUUCAUCAGAUGAAGGUGGCGUAGCUGCAGGGUUUGCUGUUUUGGAUAGCUUAUACCUGACUGGCAAGUGAGAUUAGAUAACAAAAGGAGCGUCAGCUACAGCUCUCAGUGGAGGGCAUACACCGACAAUGGAUCAUCAUGUUCUGCAUUUAGAUCGGCAGAGAAUAAGUUGCUGCAAACUAGUGCCAUUUCUGUGACACCACGUCACAAUAUUGUUUGAUGAAUUCCUUCUCUGUCCCUGCGAAAGGGAGAGAAUAGACAUAUUAUUACGAGUAGAUCAAAUGUGCAUGAAAUACAUGGAAAUAAUGAAGGAUAAACCACGUGCCCGUAGCUGUGAUGUAGGCCGGCGGUGCCGUUUCUUUUCCUGAUCACCUUGACAGCGAUGGAAAUUCUGUGUUUCCGUUGAAGACACAUGGUGUGCAUGUGCACCAUCACUGUGAAUUUUAACCAUUGGCAACGGCAGCAAAAGAGUAUUGAGUUGUAAGACAGCAUAGCGCGAUAAAUCUGCAGCUCAUUCCUUGAUGUACUCUGGGCAGAGCAGGCAGAGAGAUGUGUUAUGGUGUGUUUGGUUGCCUUGGUUAUCCUAGAUUGGCUAGUUCUAUGCAACAUGUUGCCUGGAUUGUCUCUAA